GAUUUUUCUAGAACUUUGCGCCUUCACCGAGCCAAUAUUAUUUAUGUCGGUCUUAAUUUUGCUUAUUAAUCUAUCCCAUUUCAUAAACCUCAUCGUUUCCCCUUCUCUUUCAUAAAAUAUGUUCAUUGUUUCUUCUUCUUAUAGUACAAAAACCCCCUAUAAUAUUCUCAUUUUUACCCAUAAUUCAUCAAACUAUCAAAGUAUAUACCCAUCUUUUUUUUUCUUUCUUUCUUUUGAAUAUUAAUUCAUAUAUUUGAAGAAUCAAAGAAGAAAAAAAAAAAAGGAAGAUGAACGAAGUGAAGAAAUUUUGUGGUGAUUGCAAGACCACAAAAACUCCUUUGUGGAGGACUGGUCCUCAUGGUCCUAGGUCACUCUGUAAUGCAUGUGGAAUUAGAUACAGGAAGAGGAAGAUGUCAGAAGAUAAACAACCAAGUUCAGAAAUCAGAAGAUUAGAGAAAACAUGUAGCAGUCGAAGUUAUGAUUAUGAAUAUGAUUACCAAAUGAAUGAAUACAUAAAGAUGAGAUAUAAUUACAGUGAUUUGAGUAAUAAUAAUAUGUUUGUUCAAAGAUCAACUAUAUCAUCAUCUUCAUCUUCUUCAUCUUCACAGUUUAAGAAACAAAGAAGCAGCAGUGAAGAAAGUAUUAGUAGUGAUAAUAGAAAAUUAGGGGAAGUUGAGCAAGCUGCUAUUUUGCUAAUGUCUUUGUCUUGUGGUUCUGUUUUUGCUUAAUAGGAGCAGUUUUUUUUAUGGGUAUGAUUAAUUAAUUGAAUAAUUAGUUUGUAGAUCCUUCUAUUGUAAUUUAGUGGUUAUGAUUAUAUAUGGGAUUAUGAGGGUAUUUUUUGGGGUUUAGUGGAGGUUUUGUUUAAUGGGGGAGAAUUUAGGAGAAUGUCGUAGAAUAGUGCAGAAAAGUUUAUAGGCAAAAUGAAAAUGACGAGAGGUGCUCAAGUUUUAUGUUUUUUGAACAUGUGAGUUGUAGCCUCAAAUGGGUUGAAUUAGUUUGUAAAUAUGUAAUGUGGGUCUCUGCCUCUCUGAUGAUAAUAGAAACGUUUAUGUAAGGCUAUGUUCA